ACUGUAGUAUACUGUUUUUUUCAUUUCCUGUUAGCCCCGAUGGCUCCAGUUGUACUUACUUUGAUGGAGAGAGACGUCAACCAGUCAAGUGUUAAGAUUCGUUUGUGGCCUGUAGAACAAAGGAAUGGCCCAAUAAGUGCUUAUCAAGUUAUAGUUCUGAAAGUAGUUGAUGGAGCUGAAGAACUUCCAAAUGACUAUCCUUCGAAAUUGAAAGACGUAAACAAUGCCACCGAAGACAACUUAAACUUUUAUGUUGCUGCUGAGAUCCAAAAUGUUCCAGUUCAUGAAGAAUCUUGGGAAUUUACUGUUGGUGACGACGAAACGAAUGGAGGUUAUGAAAAUAAGGGACUUGAGACAGGACAAGACUACGUCAUCUACCAAAGAGCUCUCACAUAUGACAAGAAUGUUAUUUUAAGCGGAAAAGUCAGCAAAGUUGCCAGAAUAUCUGUCAACAAAGUUUUUACUAAAGAUGUUGGAGCAACAGAGAAAACCAAGGGCUCUAAUUCUGUCAGUGCUGCGGCGAUUGCUGUUCCUGUGGUGCUGUUAAUACUCCUUAUACCAGCAGUUCUCAUUGCAGUGCUUUUUUAUCGAAGAAGGAAGAGGUCAGAAAACAAAAGCAGCAACGGGAGGGCGACUCCUUUUCAACUUGGAGACUUGAGAAGUGAGUCAACGGAUAUUACUUCAAGCUCAGCCAAUCUGGUUUAUGAGAAUUUAGUUGAUAUUCGACCGUCUGAAGAAGGUACUUCAAAUGUCAUGGAACCAUCUUCUCCUAAGGAAAAUGAAUUGAUAUACAGCGAGGCUGAAGAUGGUAAACCCAAACCAAUUCCUGUGGCUGAGUUUGCGAGAUACUUCAAGAACAAGUCAAGUAAUGGAGCAAUUGUUUUGCGGGAGGAAUUUAAGAAUUUACCAGGAGGUAUGCAGUUACCCUGGGAAGUUGGCAAGAACAACAAAAUAAAAAACCGUUACGGAAACAUAACUACCUAUGAUCAUUCUCGUGUUGUGUUGGAGAAAGUAGAAGGUGACCCAAAUUCUGACUACAUCAACGCUAGUUAUAUCCCGACUUUUGAUGAGGAAACUAUGUGCUACAUUGCUACUCAAGGUCCAACUUCUGUGACGUGUAGUGAUUUCUGGCGAAUGAUCUGGCAAGAGAAAUGCGUUACGAUUGUCAUGCUAACCAACUUGAUUGAGGUGGGAAAGGGCAAGUGUGACCAGUACUGGCCAGAUAGUACCACCAAGUAUGGCUCUAUUAGAGUCACUUUACAAAAAACUGAGAACUUUGCUGACUACGUUGUUCGAACAUUUGCACUGGUGAAGGGAUCAGGAAAACGAGAAGUUCUUCAAUUUCAUUACAUUACUUGGCCAGACAAGGGUGUUCCACGGCGUUCUACAGCACUACUGGGAUUUAGAUGGAAGGUUCAUACUAGACACCAGGCUACUGGCGGCCCACUCGUCGUGCACUGCAGUGCUGGUGUUGGACGAACUGGUACGUACAUUGCCAUUGACGCCAUGUUGGAAGGUGCCAAGGAGAAGAAGAGCGUGUUCAUUCAGAAUUAUGUUCAAGUGAUGCGGAGAUGUCGCCCUCAUAUGGUGCAGAAGGAGGAGCAGUAUGUAUUUUUGCAUCAAGCAGUGAUGGAAGCUUUGACCUGUGGAAAUACAGAGGUUGCCCCUCAGGACUUGAGAAUCGCAAUGAAUAAGCUUGCCAGAACUCAUAAAUCUUCUAAACAAACUGGAUAUGAACGAGAAUUCAAGCGUCUGCAACUUGUCAGUGACUGCCAAGCAUCAGGAGAAGAAUCAGUGGCAGCAUUUAAGCCAUCAAAUAUUAAAAAGAACAGGUUUCCUAACAUUGUACCAUUGGAUAGUGCUCGAGUGUUCCUGAGGUCAUCUGAUCCAGCGAAGGAUUACAUCAACGCUUCUUUUGUCGAUGACUACAUACAACGCAAUGCGUAUAUCCUGACUCAAGCGCCAUUAAACAACACUGUUGAAGACUUCUGGCGUAUGAUAUCACAGUAUGACAUCGGCACAGUUGUGAUGUUGAACAGCUUGAGAGAGGAAAAAGAGAGUUAUCCACAAUACUGGCCUACAAAGGGUUCCGUCAAGUAUGGUGACAUCACCAUACAGUUUCUGUCGGAAAGUACUUCAAACAAGAUCACGACCACGAAGUUUAGCGUAUUGAAUGCCGAGCCUCCAAAAAAGCAGUCAACUGUGCAGCACUUACACUUCACUGGAUGGUCCAACCUUGACUCGUGCCCAGAUCCUCAGGAAAUACUCGAUUUGCUGACCGCUGUACAGCAGUCUCAGCAACAAACCGGGAAUGGCGUCACUGUUUUUCAGUGCAGUGAUGGUGAUGGUCGAAGUGGUUGUGUGUCUUCAAUAAUGUCAGUGAUUGAGCGAGUUAAGUCUGAACAAACAGUUGACGUGUUUCAGACAAUUAAACUGAUUCGAUCCAAGAGACCUGGUGCUGUCGACACUUUGGAAAAGUACGUGUUCUGUUACGAGACAAUCCUAGCAUACCUGGAUUCUUUUAAUGCCUAUGCAAACUUUGCGGAUUGUUGAAGAGUCAGCUAAAUUAAUUUAGAUCAGUAAGUCUGUCAUUAAGUCUGUCAUUAACUCAGUCAGACAGUCAGUCAGUCUGUCCGUUUGUCCGUCUUUUCGUAAGUUAUUCAGUCAGUUCGUCUGUCCAUCUGUUCGUAUCUCGAUCAGUUCGUCCGUCGGUCAGUUCGUCCUUUCGUCAAUCCGUCAGUCAAUUCGUCAGUCAGUUCGCAAGUCAGUCAGUCUGUUUGCCUGUCAGUCAGUCAGUCUGUCAGUUCGUUCGUCCGUUUGUCGCUGACCGUCAUCAGUUCAUCCAUCAGCGAGUCAGUCAUGUAACAUAUGGGAGAAGGCACACAACAGUUUUCACUAGCUAAUUUGUGGCUCUCUGUCCCAAGAAUUACUAAUUUAGAAUAUCAAUUAUGCCCUAAAAUACUUUACAUGUUUUUAUUAGUAGUAAAAAGAAAAAAUAAGUUUAAUUGUUUGUACAUUAAAUUUAAGAUUAAAAGGUUAGAUUAUUUUUUUCUACGACAAUUAAUGAAAAUGUUUAGUUAAGAUAACCGCCAUCGCUAACAUGUCUUUACAUUUUCUAAGACAUGCAACGCUUUUAAACAUUCUAGUAAGGAGUUUAGCUUCUUCGCUCCUCCCUGUCAAGACUUUACUAGAUCUAAACAGAUCUGUUCCUCUGUUAGUAAGUCAGCCAGUCAGUCCGCCUUCCCGUUCUUCUGUCUGUCUGUCUGUCUGUCUGUCUGUCAGUCUGUGAGUCCGUCAGUCAGUCAGCUAAGUGAAAGGGUUACACCCUGUCCCACCCACAGUUUUGAACUAUUGGGCGUCUGUCUUAUGAAUUUCAUAUAUAUAGCAUUAAGGGAUACUCUUGUGGUGACUUGAUCUUAACGCGAAAGCAUUUUCGUUUGCUUUCGUUUUUACAAUACAAUACAAUAAACUUUAUUUAAACACGGUGAGGAUUAACGCUGCAAGCUUGUGGGACCGUGUAGAAAUCAGAAUUUAAUAUUUUAGUGCUUUGCAUAGUUAAUUUAGUUGUACAAAAAUGACAAAGAAUACAACUAAGUCAUUUGAACAUUAGAUUUAAGAUUAGAAUUUGGAAAUAUUUUCAUGUAUCUUUUCUGUAGCCUUUAAAGUGUGAUUUGACGAACUAUUGGGCGCCUGUCCUAUGAAUUUCAAAUUGAAAAUUUUAGGUAUUAAAAGAUACUUCGGUGAUGACUUGAUUGUAAGUCGAAAGCUUUUGCUUUUGCUUUUAAUAUUUUAGAUGAUUUUUUAUUCUUGUAAAUAGUAUUUUUAUACUUUAAAGUGCUUUGCAUAGUUUUUGUAUUCGUAGAAAUGACAAAAAAGAAAAGUAGUUAUAUGUACAUAAGAUUUAAGAUUAAAAUCUGGAAAUGUUUCCCCGUAUCUUUUCGGUAACCUUGAAGUGUUAUUUGAAUUUUCACCAAGGCACAGUAAAUGUUAGUCAUGCUAAACAACUGAACAAUUUAGUUACACCGAUCACAUUAAGUGCGUUAAACAGCAAAAGUAACCAUUUCACUUAUGGGGGAAAGGAGACAACUAUGGUCAGCUAUUCUGAAAUAACUCGUUAAAGCUUUGGAGAUGAACCGAUUUCAGUGAUGGUGAAAAGAAUACAGGUUUAGGUGGUAAAUAGUCGUGUCCUUUUAUAUCAUAACUGAAAAUUGGCCUUCACAAUUAUUGUUUUUCUUUUUUUUUUUCACUAGUUUAGAUAUAUAUUGUUAGAUAUCAAUUAUAACCCUAACCCUAAUAUAUAUUGUUAGAUGUCAGUUAGAGUGGUUAUGUUUAGGACAGAAAAACUAAAUAACUAUGACAAAAACAAACAAUCCACAAUGCAGCUAAGCAUACGAAUGUAAUGGUUAACAAAAUCAAAAAUAAAUGUACUGCUUUAAUGUAGUAUCUUGGAAUCUAAA